UGUUGUUAUUGAAGAACACAGCCAGCCAUCCGGCAUAACAAGUGGUGUCAGAAGUGGGAUUUUGCUUAUACGCCCUGCAGGGAGUCCAAAACCCGUUUCUUUUUGUGUAAUGUAUUGCAAUUCGUACCUCAAAGUGGACAGAGGUCUGCUACAGAGGUCGGAGAAGGAUCUCGUAGACUACCUUAAAUCACACAACGUGACAAUACCACCUCACGAGGCUGAUUUGACCCCCCUGCUAGUAUCCGACAGCAAAGGAAAGCGCCUUGCAGUGGUACACAGGGGCAGUAAUCCAAAACUUCCGAUACAGUUCUCAUGUAAAGGUGGUGCAAACUCAUCAACCCUAGUAUCCCUACUAAAAGAACAAAUUCCCAUCCUCAAGCAGAAAUUUGGUAAACCUGUUUAUGUUUAUUUCUGGGCUGGUACAUGCGACAUAACCUCAAAGCAAGGCUGUUAUAUAAACAUUUCUGGUACCUGUGUUAACACUAUACACAAAAUUAUCAACUGCUACAAAAGAGCGAGGGACUACACAAUAAAACAGGGGUGCAAAAUUCAAUUUAUUGGAGUACCUGUUUAUUCGGUUAGCCUUUACAAUGAUAUCCAAGGUCACCAUAAUCCGAGCAAGUUUCUAGAAACAGAUGCUGAAGUUGCCAGCCAGGUACACUUCUUGAACUCUCAAAUUGAACUUCUCAACACAGAACUUGGUACCACAACACUUAAAUUCAAUGCUGAUCUUCGUGAUUGUCGAAAAAAGGGAAAAGAGCGAUAUUUCAUAGAAUUAUUGGAGGACGGUCUCCACCCUGGGGAACUCUUGGCGAGGAAGUGGUUUAGGCGACUUGAAUUAAAUAUUGUGAAAACUUGUUGCACUGAAAAUUCGGACGAUCUUUGUGUUGUUAUUGAAGAACACAGCCAGCCAUCCGGCAUAACAAGUGGUGUCAGAAGUGGGAUUUUGCUUAUACGCCCUGCAGGGAGUCCAAAACCCGUUUCUUUUUGUGUAAUGUAUUGCAAUUCGUACCUCAAAGUGGACAGAGGUCUGCUACAGAGGUCGGAGAAGGAUCUCGUAGACUACCUUAAAUCACACAACGUGACAAUACCACCUCACGAGGCUGAUUUGACCCCCCUGCUAGUAUCCGACAGCAAAGGAAAGCGCCUUGCAGUGGUACACAGGGGCAGUAAUCCAAAACUUCCGAUACAGUUCUCAUGUAAAGGUGGUGCAAACUCAUCAACCCUAGUAUCCCUACUAAAAGAACAAAUUCCCAUCCUCAAGCAGAAAUUUGGUAAACCUGUUUAUGUUUAUUUCUGGGCUGGUACAUGCGACAUAACCUCAAAGCAAGGCUGUUAUAUAAACAUUUCUGGUACCUGUGUUAACACUAUACACAAAAUUAUCAACUGCUACAAAAGAGCGAGGGACUACACAAUAAAACAGGGGUGCAAAAUUCAAUUUAUUGGAGUACCUGUUUAUUCGGUUAGCCUUUACAAUGAUAUCCAAGGUCACCAUAAUCCGAGCAAGUUUCUAGAAACAGAUGCUGAAGUUGCCAGCCAGGUACACUUCUUGAACUCUCAAAUUGAACUUCUCAACACAGAACUUGGUACCACAACACUUAAAUUCAAUGCUGAUCUUCGUGAUUGUCGAAAAAAGGGAAAAGAGCGAUAUUUCAUAGAAUUAUUGGAGGACGGUCUCCACCCUGGGGAACUCUUGGCGAGGAAGUGGUUUAGGCGACUUGAAUUAAAUAUU